GAACAACAUCAAAUGGACCUCAUUAUCCACAAUCCAGCGCGUUGUAUUUUUAUCGUUGACUUUAAACACCGAUGACAGCACAGGAUGGAGGCAGUUUUAGCCAAGUAUGAAAACCAGAUCAACGUGUUCUCUGAAUACCUAGAAGACUUGCCUGACACUGAUGAGCCAGUGUGGAUCUUAGGAGAAUGUUACAAUGUUAAAACAGGAAAAUCAGAGCUUCUUUCAGAUGUGCGUUCGCGGCUGUGGUUCACAUACAGGAAAAAGUUCUCCCCUAUAGGAGGAACAGGCCCAUCGUCGGACACAGGCUGGGGCUGCAUGCUGCGCUGUGGGCAGAUGAUACUAGCACAGGCCCUGGUCUGCAGACACCUGGGGCGAGAAUGGCGGUGGGUAGCAGAGGGAACUCAGCCAGUGGAGUACCAUCGCAUCCUACACUGCUUUCUGGACAGAAAGGAUAGCUGUUAUUCGAUUCACCAGAUGGCUCAGAUGGGGGUGGGCGAGGGGAAGUCUGUGGGAGAAUGGUACGGUCCUAAUACAGUGGCGCAAGUACUCAAGAAACUUGCACUGUUUGAUGACUGGAACUCCUUAGCUGUGUAUGUGUCAAUGGACAACACUGUAGUGAUAGAAGACAUCAAAAAGCAGUGCCGUCAGGCAAAUCAGGAAGCAAAACCCAGGGCAGGCCCCUGUGCCUGGGGGGAAGUUUACCCCUCAGAUGAUUCAUUGUCGGGGCAACGGCAGGCUCCGUGCCCCCUCUCUCACUUCCAUGACACCUCACAGCAACCCCUGGACUGGAGGCCCCUGCUUCUGCUUAUUCCUCUCCGCAUGGGCAUCAACGACAUCAACCCCGUCUACAUUCAGGCCCUCAAAGAAUGUUUUAAGAUGCCUCAGUCUUGUGGAGUGCUGGGGGGAAAGCCCAACUUGGCUUAUUACUUCAUUGGAUUUAUAGACGAUGAGCUGAUCUAUCUGGACCCCCACACCACGCAGUUAGCUGUGGACUCGGAGAUGGGGAGCACUGUGGACGAUCAGAGUUACCAUUGUCAGAGGAACCCUCGCCGCAUGAAGAUCACCAGCCUGGACCCGUCUGUAGCACUGGGCUUUUUCUGCAAGAGUGAGGAGGACUUUGACAGCUGGUGUAAUCUGGUCCAGCAGGAGAUCCUGAAGAAGCGGAACUUGCGGAUGUUUGAGCUGGUAGAGAAGCGUCCCUCUCACUGGCCACCGUUCAUUACCCCGACUAAACCUGAGGUGCCGACCACAGGAGCAGAGUUCAUCGAGUCCACAGACAAGCUGUUCGAGUCGGAGGAGGAGUUUGAGAUCCUAAACGUGUGAGCUCCGCCCCCUCCCCCUCCCUCCAUGCAAUCAAUGAAAGAUCAGGAUUGAGGUGGAGCCUCAGGUUUCUGCUCAUCCAUGCUGCACAAGUGCCUCAGAUCAACACCAAGCACAACACAGUUAUCAAUACGCACAAAACAAACAAAAA